GAAGAAGCAAUGUAAAUAAACACUGAUUGUUUCUCAUGUUUUAGACCAUGUCUUCGAGGAAUUUCACAAUUUUAUUAUUUUGUUAAUCUAAAUAUUGAAUGAAUAUGUCUUCAAAUGAUGGAAUAUUCUCACUACGUCUGGUUAUUGCCGACUUUUACAUGGAGAAACCAGUGCCUGGCUUGGAUCCUGUCUAUUCGGAAUUUCGCGGCAAAGAGAUCAAAAAGGUUCCCAUUAUACGCAUAUUUGGUUCAAAUGCCCAGGGUCAAAAGACUUGUAUGCAUGUCCAUGGCGUAUUCCCCUACUUCUAUGUGCCCUAUGACCAAAAAGAUUUCGAGUCGGUUAAUAAGGCAAUAUAUCAAAUAGCAAUGAAUUUGGAUAAGGCCAUAAAUAUAUCUCUGAGCCAAGGGAGCUCGAAUGUUCAGCAUGUUUUCAAGGUGCAAUUGGUUAAGGGCAUACCAUUUUAUGGCUAUCAUCGUUCAGAGCAUCAAUACCUAAAGAUUCACAUGUUUAAUCCUCGUUUUGUGCGGCGAGCAGCUAAUCUAUUACAAAAUGGAGCCAUUAUGAACAAACAUUUCCAUCCACAUGAAGCUCACGUACCAUAUAUUUUACAAUUUAUGAUUGAUUAUAAUCUAUAUGGCAUGAGUAUGAUUCAUGUUCCAUUGGAAGUUGUAAAAUUUCGUCGAUCAGACAAUUCUGAAAGUGUAGCGGUUAAGGCAAUCAGUGAGGCUCAGCUUUUAGACUGUGAUAUUGCCAAAAAGAUUUCAUGCUGUAGUCUUGAAUGUGACAUUGGUUCAAGUUUUAUUUUGAAUCGUUUUCAGCUUGUUACAAAAGGCAAGAAUUCCUUACAUUCCAAUCCGGGAAUAGAAUCUAUUUGGAACGAUGAGAAGUUACGUAGAGAAAAAUUGUUUGAGACUUUUAAGGAUGAUGAAGAGAAAUUGAAAGGGAUUCCUGCCCUUGAAGUCCCACCAACACAAGAGCGUCCCAUUGCAUAUCCCACUGAAAGCGAAGUAUUCUAUCGUACUGCCUUAGUUAGUAAACUAAUAGCGUUAGAGAAUUCCAUAUUGGAAACCACUCAAUUAACUGAUCAAACCAUAAAUUGUACACAACAAUCGAAUGUCUCAAAUAUGACCAUGAACACUAGCCUCAAUUUAACAAGACAACAAAAGCGCACAUUUAAUCUUACAAAAAUGAUGGAAAAUGCUGUUUAUCCCGAAGAAUGCUCCGAUGGAAGUGAGAAUUUAAUAAAUGCUUCCUUUGUGGAGAAUCAUUUGUCCAAUAACAAUGUUUUUCAACAAAGUAUUUCGAACAAAGAAUUGUUGGAUUUAACAAGAGCCGAUAGUGAAAAACUAUCAGAAGAUGAAAGUAUAUUCAUGGAUGAAACCAUAGUGGAUGAAGAGUUGGUAUUAAGUUUAACACAAUCACAGCAGCAUGUUCCACAUAAUGCAACAUUACGAGAGGAAGACGUGGAGUUGUUGAAUAUCUUACAACAGUUAGAAGAGGAUAAUAACAGUGAAAAGAUAGAUUUGGAUAGCAGUUUGGCUCCGUUAUCACAAAAUCAAAAGGAGUUUGCCCUGUCUCCCGAGCUAUUAGACAAAGAGACCGCCGCCGCAGCAGUAUUGGAGAAAUCUCACUGUGAUGAUGAUUUAAAUAAAACCGAUGACACCGAUGAUAAUCUACAUGAUUUUUCUGUUGCCCUUGACGAUUUGGAUGAUCUCAUUUUGAAAUUGACACAAACAUCAACAGAAAGAACGAUACAAACAUCUUUACCACAAAACGAUGGUUCUGAUGAUAUACUUAAAACACCAAGUAAAAGUACAAAAAAUAUAGCCGCAGCUAAAACACCACCACGUACCCCAACUACGCCACAAAGACGACAUACACUUGGCGCCGCAUCGCCAUCUCGUUCGCCGAGAACACCCAAAAGUGGUCAUAAAUACAAACCGUUGCCCUUGGUUAUUACCAAUCGUUCGACAGGGAAGCAAACAGUAACAAAUCCUGAUGCCGAAGCUUCUUCUUUAUCAUCGGUUGCGGAGAAAUCAAAGAAUUUGAUUUCAUUGCGCAGACGAGUGGCAAUGACCGAAUUAAGGCGCAAGAGUAUUUCUGUGGAGUCAUCAGAGCAAGAAAACGUGUUUGAAUUCCCUGUCGUUGAGGAAACUGCCAAUGUCAAUCGAAGACGUUCGAAAAGAAAUUUGGAUAAAACUCAUGUUACAUGUAAUCUGACUCCACGAAGAACCAAUGAGAAAUUGCUGCGAGUGUACAGUGUAGAAGGUAAUGAACAAAUAGGGCAAAUUCAGGAACAUUCUGAAAAUGAAAUCAAUGAAAUUAAUUCAAGAUCCCAAAAACAAGAGGACGUAAGUGGUGGAAAUAUUGAAAUUUUCAAAAGUAGGAAACAGAAAGUACAAACGAAUAAAAACGAUAUUGAGAAGGCACUUUCAAAUCACGAAGGAAGUAGUAUUACCACACUUUUUAAGGACACCAUUCCAUCUGCUAACCAAGACAAUGUGGAUGAAGAUAAUGAUGAGGUUAUUGAGUCCGAUGAUGAGGCUGACAAUCCUUCAUUUCAGUAUCGAAAAACACCGAACUUAAAACGUCUAAGACGUAGUUUUCUUAGCACAUCACGCUUGGCUAAAAGACUCAAAAUAACUUGUGAAAAUGGUGAGGUAAUUGCCACCCAUUUGGAGAAUUCAAAUGCCAUGAAUAGCGAAAGAGAUAAUUUAAAAAAUCAUAAAAUUAAUUCAGCUAAUUUAGAGAAUGGAGCUAAAGUAAAGAAUAAUGAACACAUGUUAAAGUCUUUAACAGAGAAAGGGAGCGAGGAUCGAUGUGAAAAUUUAAAUAACCAUGCUAAGGAUCAUUUGAUUAAAAACACUCAGCAUAAAUAUUGUCAAAAGUUAGGGAUGGCAGAAAAGGUUGAUACUAUUCCUACGCCAAGAAGGAAAUGUCGUGUACGUUUGAAAAGAGUACGUCAAAAAGUGUCUGCAAAUUUAAGAGGAGAAAAACAAGAGAAUGUUAUUCCAAAAGAAGUUAUUGAAAAUCCAGACUUUAAAUUACAAAAUUUGGAAAUAUCAAAUGAAACAGAAAUCAAUGGAGAAUCUCUUCUAAAUCAUGUAUUACAAAACUGUGGCAUACGAAUUCAAAAAGUCUCAGAGGUAUAUUCCAAGCCAGCAAACUUGAAGAAUAAACAAGAUUCUGUACAUGCAAAGGAUAACAAAGAAGUAGACGGUACGAUGCAAGAAAAGUCGGCUGGAAUUGAAACUGCAGCUAAUAAAGGGAAACGUUGUGAUACUUUUAGUACAAUGCAACACAAAAGUCCCGUCAGUAAAUUUUCCAUUAAAAACAGCAGUGUAGAAGCCAGUACAAUAGAGGAACCAUUAAAUAAAAUUCAAACUACAAAUGAGGCUUCACAAUAUAAAUCUGCCCUACAAGAACCUACAGAAUGUUUACAAGAAGGAAAUAACAAUGAAUAUCCAAUUGAAGCAGACAAUAUGAAAGAGAAGACCACAGAAACACAACCAGAAGAAUGCCAACCAACAAGUGAUAAUGAGAAGCACAACGACACCUCAAGUACUAUGGAACAUUUAAGAUUCGAAACAAGUGGUGAUUCGGAGGAAACAUUCAAAACCAUUGAACGUUCAAGGGAAACAUCUAUGAUAGAUGUUGUAGAUGAAUGGGACGAUGACAGAAGUCUGAUAGUUGAUGAUAACAAUCAGAGUUUCGUGAAGAAUAUAACUGUUUUGGAAAGCGAUAUAGCACAACCGUCUGUAGGCUUAAAAACAACAGAUGGAGGUAAUAACGAUGCAAAUAACAAGCAAACUAAUUCAAAUGAUCGAUUCACUCUAAGGACUCUAACAGAGGAUAUCCAGUUAAGACCAAAUGAAGAUUCUAAAGACCUGCAUAUUAUGUCAAAACACUUAUCGGAAGAUUCCCAAAUAUCUUCAGCGUCAUUGGGAUUUUCCGGAAAUAAGAAUUUAUUCAAUGCACUUCUUAAAUUAUCUGCUCUUGGUGAGAGUCUGGGAAAACCAAUGGCAACCGAAGACUCCGAUAAACCCCAAUCCACAAAUAUCCAACAUUCCAAAUCUCCGUCAAUUCAGUUUUUCUCUCAAAGUUCGGAGGAUGAAAUCAUCGAAACCCCAAGUCCACCCAUAGAAAACCAUAUCAAAACCAACAAAAUUUUAACAUUUUAUGAAAACAGUCCCUCGUUGUUUACUCAAAAUUCAAGUCCAAGUUCUUUAUUGCAAAACAAACAUUCAGGCAAUUCCUACGAGGAUAAUAACAUUCAAAUAAUUUCAUCCUAUGAAAGCAAUAGCCACGAUUCUCCACCUCUAGAUUCAGAGGUUAUCUUGACCCCACUUGAUUUACCACCCACAAGAGAGGAGGUUUUGAAAGGUUGUGAAAAACUCAAAUUACCAGAAUAUGAAUUUCAGAAGCCGUUCUACAGUAAUCCAGAUGAUGUUACCAAACACAAAGAAAUUGGUUUUACAAUUCUACAAAUUAAUAGCAAUAAACUCAAUGAUCUGGAAGAAUUUCAAAGUAUUUUGGGUAGUGAUGUAAAGGGUCUUACUCUAUGGAGACGACAACAGUUGAUGCGUUUGGGUGGACCAGAAAUGUUGACUCGAUAUCGCAACUCCCAGCGCGUCAGGGAAUAUUUUGCCAAUCAAACAACUGUAGCCAUUGAACCACAAAUGUCGGCGCCCUCUAGACAGGAUGCAAAACUUUGGCUCAAAGCGCGAGAGUUGUUAAAACUAAAAGGAAAUCUCAAGGAAGAAGACGCAAAAGAGAAAAUGCACAAUUUAGCCGCCGAAGAAGAUAGUCCAAUUAAAGUGAGGCGACAAAAGGUUACAAUGAUGUUGAAUGCCGGUGGCAGUGAUGGUGACAAUGAUAGUGACACUAGUUUAAAUUGUUCUUCCAUGAGUCUAACUCUAACACCUUUAACCCCCGGAACGCCCGUAGUCAAAGAACAAUCCCAAAUAAAUCGCGAAAUAAACAAAAGUUUUACUCCGGUCACUACAAAAUUGGAAAAAAUACCAUUGGAACGUGUUAAUCCAUUAACAAGAAGACGACACAAUAGACGUGUACUGAGACGGGUUUCAUUGAAUAAAAAAAUGCAAGAAGCCAUGGAGAAACAUAACCCCCCCAAUGCCACUACGUAUCAAGAAGAUGUAAAGGACAAGGAUGUUGUGCCCACGUGCGCCGAUGAAAGUAUUCUGCCACAUUCUUCGCAGAACAGCGAAUCCAGUGUAUCCAGUCAAACUGCCUUAGCCGAGUUGGAACGUUCUUCGUUUUUGCGCCAACUAAACGUCCAUGAUAUAACAACUGGUGGCGGUAGUGGCCAUAGUAAUGAUACAACAUUUAAUAGUAGCUAUGGCUUUAAAGUGGCUUUAGAAAAUCUACAACAAGCCAAGGCAGAUAUUGAGUUCAAUUACCUAACCACGGUUACCUUGGAACUAUUUGUGGCCACUCGUGAGGAUUUCUUUCCAAAUCCCCAAAUCGAUGAAAUACGCUGUAUAUUCUACGCCAUUGAAAAUAGCAUUCCCAGUGAUCACAUUGAUGACGCAAAGAAAUUGCCUAGGAAAUCUUGUGGUUACAUUAUGGUACAUGAUCCCCGUGAUAAGGUAACGAAAGAGGGUCAUAUCCAUGGACUGGAUGAAGAUAUUGAAGUCACAAUUGUUAACAAUGAAGUUGAAGCGUUGGAAGCUCUAUUGGGCCUAUGUUCACGUUGGGAUCCCGAUAUUUACGCCGGCUAUGAAAUUGAAAUGUCCUCUUGGGGUUAUAUUAUUGAUCGGGCCAAGUAUUUAUGUUUAAAUAUUGCACCUCUGCUGUCACGAGUUCCCACCCAAAAGACUAGGGAAUUUGUUGAUGAAGAUCGGGAUUCGUUUACCGAUUUGGAUGUGGAGAUGAAACUGUGUGGCCGCAUUCUAUUGGAUGUCUGGCGGCUCAUGCGUUCCGAGAUAGCCCUCACUUCCUAUACCUUUGAAAAUGUCAUGUAUCACAUAUUGCACAAACGUUGCCCCUGCCAUAGUUAUCGUUCGUUGACGGAAUGGUAUUUUUCACCCGGAUCACGUUGGAUUGUUUUGGAAUACUAUUUGGAAAGGGUAAGAGGUACGCUGGCAUUAUUGGAUCAAUUGGAUUUGAUUGGACGCACCAGUGAAAUGGCAAAAUUGAUUGGCAUACAAUUCUAUGAAGUCCUGUCGAGAGGUUCACAAUUUCGUGUGGAGAGUAUGAUGUUGAGAAUAGCUAAACCCAAAAAUUUGGUGCCCGCAUCGCCCAGCGUUCAACAAAGAGCCCAUAUGAGGGCGCCAGAGUAUUUACCCUUAAUUUUAGAGCCCCAGUCUAGAUUCUAUGCGGAUCCCCUGAUUGUUUUGGAUUUUCAAAGUUUAUACCCCAGCAUGAUAAUUGGUUAUAAUUACUGUUUUUCAACUUGCCUGGGACGUGUGGAACAUUUGGGAAUAUCAACCCCAUUUGAAUUUGGUGCCUCCCAGCUGCGUGUCUCACCCACAAUGCUGCGUAAACUGGUGGAUUCUGAUCUCAUCACAAUCUCUCCAUGCGGUGUGGUCUUUGUCAAGUCGUCCGUACGUGAAGGCAUUCUACCCAGAAUGCUGACCGAAAUUCUAGACACGCGUCAAAUGGUAAAACAAUCCAUGAAGUUACACAAAACCAAUUCAGCAUUGCAGCGCAUCCUUCAUUCGCGUCAAUUGGGCUUAAAACUGAUGGCAAAUGUCACCUACGGUUAUACGGCAGCAAAUUUUAGUGGUCGCAUGCCUUGCGUAGAGGUGGGCGAUUCGGUGGUGGCUAAAGGCCGUGAAACAUUGGAGAGGGCAAUUAAAACGGUUGAAGCCAAUGAAAAGUGGAAUGUUAAGGUUGUCUAUGGUGACACCGAUUCUCUUUUCGUUUUGGUACCUGGUCGCAAUCGCGAGGAAGCUUUUCGUAUUGGUGAAGAAAUUGCCGAUGCGAUAACAAAACAGAAUCCCCAUCCCGUAAAAUUGAAAUUGGAAAAGGUUUAUCAGCCGUGUAUACUGCAGACUAAAAAACGUUAUGUGGGUUAUAUGUAUGAAACUCCCGAUCAAGAAGAACCCGUCUAUGAAGCAAAGGGUAUUGAAACUGUGCGAAGAGAUGGCUGUCCUAUGGUCGCAAAGAUGUUGGAAAAAGUUUUACGAAUACUUUUCGAAACCGCUGACGUUAGCCAAGUGAAGCAAUAUGUUUGCAGGCAAUUUACCAAACUGUUAUCUGGACGUGCCAAUAUACAAGAUUUAAUCUUUGCCAAGGAGUUUAGAGGCAUGAAUGGCUAUAAAGCCAAUGCCUGUGUGCCUGCACUGGAGUUGACAAGAAAAUGGAUUCAGACAGAUCCUCGUCGCAUACCGAGACGCGGAGAACGUGUCCCAUUCAUAAUAACCAAUGGGCCACCCGGUGUGCCAUUGAUUCGUUUAAUACGUCAUCCGCAUGAAGUACUGGCCGAUGAGGGUCUCAAAAUAAAUGGCAUAUAUUAUAUAACUAAGGCCAUUAUACCGCCCUUAAAUCGUUGUUUGCUUUUAAUUGGAGCUGAUGUCAAUGAAUGGUUUGCAAAUUUACCACGUAAAAUCCUUAUGACACCAGCUCUGUCAUCGGCCAAUGAGGUCAUACCCUGUGGCAAUAGCAAAUCAAAGAAAAGUACAAUAUCCCAAUUCUUCUCCUCCACCAAUUGUAUGGUGGACUGUGGCCGACACACCAAACAGGGAAUAUGUGAUGUUUGUUGUGGCAAUCCGACACGUUCCAUGAUAAUAUUACAAGCGAAAAUGUCCAAAAUUGAAAAAGGAUAUCUGACGACGCAGCACAUUUGUCAGGCAUGUUGUGGUCGAGUUGGUGAUUUGAAAUGUAGCUCAUUGGAUUGUCCGGUGUUGUAUGUUUUGGAAGUGAAACGUCGUGAUUUGCAACAAAUUGUACAUUUUCGUAAUUUAAUUAAAGAGAAAUUUUAGUCUUAGAUUUUUAAUAUAUAAAUGUAUGCAUGCUGUAAAUUAUUUAUUAUAAGAAAUUGUAUUGUAACAUUUUUUAUGAAAAAAAAAAUAUUUUUGCUGGUACAAAAACUUUGUUGUAAGUU